CAGAACAACGGAUCAUAACGGGAUGUUCUCUCGCCUCCGUUAUAAAACUAGAGAUAAGUCUAUUUUGAUUAAGUGGAAACAAUUAUCUUAUUCAAAUACUUCAUAUAGAAUGGCUUCAUCUGUUCAAGAAGAAGGCACACACGCUAAGCAAGUCUCCCUGAAACAAAAUGAGUUUAACGAUGGAAGGUUUCAACCGCAAUACUCAUGGGGGCUGUCCAUUAAGGAUUGGAUAAAGCAAGCCACAGUACCGAAAUAUUCUGAUGCAUUAGUUGAACACAAUUUACUUUCUAUGUUGCCAUUUUAUCCGGAAUCAGAUGGCAAAAGAAUAGCUACCGUGGUGAAUACGCCUAUCAGUAACGGUAACUACAUUCAUGAGCUAUACAUUGAAAACACGGAGAAGCCAAAAACAGUUACUGAAUCGGGUAAGGAACAGAUCAAGGAUGUUGUUCUUGUGCAUGGUUAUGCUGCAUCAUUGGGACUUUUUAUAGACAACUUCGAUGCCUUAUCUUCGAUUCCUGGAAUCAGAAUCCAUGCCAUUGAUCUUUUGGGCUUUGGAUUUUCGUCAAGACCUACAUUCCCCAAUUUUCCUUCUAAUACGAAGGCUGAGGUAGAAAAAGUGGAAGAUUGGUUUAUUGAUUCUCUUGAAGAGUGGCGACAAAACCGUAAGUUAGAUAAAUUCAUAUUGAUGGGACAUUCCUUUGGUGGCUAUUUAAGUUGUGCUUAUGCUUUGAAAUAUAACAAAAACCUCAUAGACGCAGCAACUGGUGCGACUCUCAAUCCAGUGGAAAAAUUGGUUCUUAUAAGUCCAGUUGGUCUUGAAAGAAACAAGUUUUCCGUAUUAAAUAACCCCACCAAUGAAAAAAAUUUGCAAGCUCCUGAUGUUCCAUUGACUAGGGAAAUGACUGAUAACCAAGAAGAUAUAAUUAAUAAUGAAAUUUCUCCAGAAUCUAAUAGAUUUGAAGAGGAACCACAAACGAAGGGCCAAAAACUCUUCCGCUAUCUCUGGAAGAACAAUUACUCUCCGUUUUCAAUUGUGAGAAAUAUGGGACCAAUUAAAUCAAAAUUGAUAUCUAGAUGGACAACUCAUAGAUUUGCCCAUAUCUAUCUUUCUAAUCCUCAACAAUUCUAUGCUAUGCAUGAUUACAUAUACAGAAUUUUUAAUGGAAAGGGUUCUGGUGAAUUUGCCAUCACUAGAGUAUUAGCUGUUGGUGCAUUGCCAAAAUUGCCAUUGUUAGAUAGAUGUCCACAGAAAUUUGCCGACAUGAAAUUACCAACAUUUUGGAUGUAUGGGGAUAAGGAUUGGAUGAAUGAAAAGGCAGGGUAUCAAAUGACGAGGGAGAUUAACCAAUUGGCUGGUUCAAGUUUAGCAAAGUACGCCAUUCUUCCUAAUGCGGGUCAUCAUUUAUAUUUGGAUAACCCAACUGCAUUUAGCAAGGAAAUUUUCAACUUUUUAGACUUUAAAAAAUAGCGUAUUUUCGAUAGAAAUUUAGAUUCAU